UGCUCUGUGCGAGGCAAGUAAACAACUUCUGUAUUUCCAGUCAAAGUGCUAUGCGGGGGUGCGCUCAACUGUAGUUAGGAAACGGAGGAAACGCAACCUAAGCUAUGGCAUCUGGGAAAAUUCGCUCCACGCGCAGACUACGCGCUUGGAUGGUAGAACAGGUCAGCAGUGGGAAGUACCCUGGCCUGAUAUGGGACGACGACGACAAGACCAUGUUUCGUAUACCAUGGAAACAUGCCGGGAAACAAGAAUUCCGCAGCGAAGUGGAUGGUGCCAUCUUCAAGGCGUGGGCAGUGUUUAAGGGGAAGUUGUCUGAGGGGUGUCAUGCGGACCCUGCCUCCUGGAAGACGCGGCUGCGAGUUGCUCUCAAUAAGAGCCCGGAGUUCAGAGAGGAACCUGAGAGGUCACAGCUGGAAAUCUCCGAACCAUACAAAGUCUACCGCCUCGUACCCAUCAACGAACAAGCAUUGGGGAGUGUUGACAUGAAGGUCCAAGCCAGAGCAGGGGGGAGGAAGAGAAGGAGCCGCGAUUCAGACAUCGAGGCGGAGGAAGAGGUGGUGAAGGUCAAGCAGAUGAAAGAGGUUACCACCUCCCUACCAAUCACCAUGUCUGUUCAGGAGAUUGAGGAAAGUGUUCUUACAAUCCAGCUAGACCAGGUUGAUCAGCCCUCGGUCAUGGUGAAGAGUGCUGGGACAGUCAAUGAGAUCCAGGUGAACUUCACGAUCGAGACUGUCCCUCCCCCUGGAGCCCGGGACUCUUUCCAUGUCUUAGUGAAGUACAUGGGAGAGGAGGUGCUUAAACGUGGGGUCAUGGGCAGCGAUGUCCGGAUCGCCUAUCUGCCCUCUUCGCCCGUUCCCCCCACCCUGAUGGUUGCUGGGUUCCCCCGCAUCCCCCUGCCUGACCCCCCUUCCACCUUGACCUCCAGCAUCGGGCCCCAGUUCCAGGCCCUCUCCACCCUGCUGCCCUUCAUGGAGAAAGGGGUGAUCCUGACCUCCAUGAGAACAGGGGUCUAUGCUAAGCGCUACUGCCAGGGCCAGGUGUUCUGGACAGGGCCACAUUCAGCCACGGCGGGACCGCACAAGAUGAACCAUGCUGUGGAGCCCGUGCGGCUCUUCGAUAGAGAGGCUUUCAGAAUGGAGCUAGACCACUUCAGCAGCCACGGGGGAGACCCUCCUCAGUGUGGCUUCACCUUGUAUUUCAGUGACAAAGAGGACCCAUCCAGCAAACUCAUCGUCACACAGAUAACCCUACCCUGGGCUCAGCAGCAGGUCAAGGAAGCUGAAGAUUUCCGGGAGUCAAUGACCUACUUCCGCAACAUAACCAGCGAAUCAGGAGAGGUCACCAUCAACCUGGUAUCAGGUUCAUUGCUAUCCGAGAUCCUUGGGACGUCCCUACCUUAAACCCUAAACAUUUUAAAAUGUCAACUUCAAAUGGGGGCUGGAUAGCACGUAAAAGUGGCCUUUAGCAUCCAAUUACAGGACAUCUUGUAUAAUUGACUAGUCUUUUUUUAAAUGAAGCACUCUGAUCUGAUACUAAGGUAUACACAUGAUGCACUACAUUUACAUUUAAGUCAUUUAGCAGACGCUCUUAUCCAGAGCGACUUCACUACAUGGAGUGGAAGAUGUCACUUUGGUUUUGCCCUCAGUAUUGCCCUUUACCAACUUGUGAUGUUAUACUGAUGUUCCAAACUCACUUUUAUAUGGAGUCAGAUACUUCUACUCCUUGUUGCAGUCUUUGAAGUCUGACUGGUACUGCGUCAGACACCUCUCCGUCCAAAUGUUGCUUACAUAGGUGUACCUGUUGACCAAGUUGUUUUAAGUAGCAUAUGAGAGAAACACUGGCUGAAGGUCAGUGAUUUGAUCUUCACCAUGCCAACCGUUAUGAGGCGGGAAACUAACUUGUCUUCCAUUUGUUUCUGAAAGUGGUAACGCACAUUUCUAUAGAGGACAUUAAUAUUCUUAGACUUUGAAGCAGGCUCCUUCACUAGAGACAUUGGACUCUUUUAAAUGUGUUUGCAAGUAUGUAUUCAAGAGCAAGUGAGUUUGUUUUGCAUUUGUUGAUCUUCUCUCCAUAACUCAGCACUUACUACUAGUCCCAACCGUAGGAAGUUAGUGUUAAUGAGAUUGGCCCAGUUUUGCAUGGCAGGUCACUUUACAGGUUUACCCAAUUAGUAAAUUACACAAGCCACAGUAUAAAGCAGGUGUGGAGACUGUACUAGGGACCAUGUCUGAAAGGUUGUUUUCUGCACCUUUGAACUGGCAAUCUGUUCGAUCUUGCUCUAUUGCACAAAUCAAGUAUAUUUAUACAUAAGAUCUACUUAAGCCUUUAAGUGCACAAGGUGAUGGCUGGCCUCGUCAGACUUUUUAAUCUGUUAGUAUUGUAGAAAUUAAUGUGAAUUGAUAUUUAUAUGAACAUAGCACAUGAACACUUGAAGUAGUUUGUAGAUGUAGUUUAAUAAAUGUAUAUAAGGUUACACACUGAAAGCAGUGGGACAGGAUGCACAUAAUGUGAUGCCAUUAGCAGUCAGUGAACUAUGAGCACAGCUUUGUCAGUUGUAAGUGGGUUAACAACAUGGCUACUGGGUUUGACAAGGCACACUGACUGAGAGACCGGAAGACUGCACAGAUUUGUCAAACUGUAAAUAUUUGUUAUUUAUGCUCGUCUUUUAUUCAAUGUUCUGUCUGACCGCAUUAAAUGUAUUUCAUAUUA